AUGAUUUUUCUAAUGGACCUCCAGAUGAUGCUGCUGGAUGUGAUUUACUUCAUCCUGCGCAAUUCUGUGCGGGUCGUCAUGCCCCCGCGUACCAAGUCCAUUGACGGCGAGCUGGUGCUGAUCACCGGAUCAGGCGGUGGACUGGGUCGUCUCUUUGCUCAGGAAUUCGCCAAGCAUGGGGCAGAAGUGGUGCUGUGGGACAUCAACAGCAGCUGCAAUGAGCAGACAGCCAAGCUGGUCCGUGAGAUGGGGGGUAAGGCGCACACCUACACGUUGGAUGUGACCAACAGGGAGGAUGUGUACCGCAACGCAGACCUUGUGCGAAAGGACCUGGGCCGGGACGUUACGAUACUGGUGAACAAUGCUGGAGUAGUGGCAGGGCAGCGCAUGUUAGACUGUCCUGAUGAACUGAUUGAGAGGACCAUGAAAGUCAACUGCCAUGCCCUCUUCUGGACAGUGAAGGCCUUCCUCCCGCAGAUGAAGGCGCAGAAUCAUGGACACAUCGUGACUAUCGCCAGUGUCCUAGGUCUCUUCAGCACCGCUUGUGUCGAGGAUUACUGUGCCAGUAAGUUUGCUGCUGUGGGCUUCCACGAGUCUCUGGCCCACGAGCUGCUGGCUGAGGAGGUUGAAGGAGUGAAGACUACUCUUGUGUGCCCCUAUAUUGUUGAUACAGGCAUGUUUGAAGGCUGCAAGAUAAGGGAGGAAAUGGAACUACUCCUACCCCCUCUGGAUCCCCAGUAUUGUGUUGAGCAGGCCAUGAACGCCAUCCUGAUAAACCAACCAUUAGUAUGCAUACCUCGCCUCACCUACUUGCCAGUCAUCUCCAGAGCGUUGUUGCCAUGGGAAUCUAACGUGGUUACGUAUCGUUUCAUGGGGUCCGACAAGUGCAUGUACCCCUUCAUUGACACCGUGAAGAAACUAUCACCUAAUGUCUCCGCAUAA